ACUGACCACUUUAUUAGGUAUACAGGACACCGAAUAAAGUGUCUGGAGUGCCUUCUGGUGUGGUUUUCAGUCGUGGCUCUUUCAUCUUAAACCAGUCCAGCCAUUUUCCUCUGAUCUCUGGGAACAACAAGACACUGUUUGUCCAUGGAUCUGCUGUGCACUGGAUCGUUUCUCUUCAAUUCUGCGUUGUGCAUGAAGUUCCCAGUAGAACAUCAGUUUCAAUAUACUAGCUGAACUGGCAUCAACGACCAUGCCGUGGUCAAAGUCAUGUGAAUCACUUUCUUUUCCGUUCUGGUGCUCGGUUUGAACGUCAGCGACUUGUUUUGAUCAUGUCUACAUGCCUAAAUCAAUAAAUACAGGUAGCCAGUGGGCAUAUAUAUGAGAUAACAGAACAUUUAUGGUCCUGUAUAAGUGCCUUCAGGUACAACCUUGCAUCUUGUGCUAACUUUGUAAUUGCUGUACUUGGCCCUUCUGUAAAAUCCACCGAGUUAUUAUUCCACAUCUUUUCAGGUGCAACUAUUUUGACGUCUUAUUUUUUGUACCGCUCCAUCAGUAGAUGAGAGGUGAGCUUCAGAGUUCUGGUAAGCUCACGUCAACUCAAAUUAAAUGAGAGGCAGAAUUCAGUUAGACAUUUAGCCCGGGUUUUCACGACUGACACUAGCACGGUUUUGGAUAUGCACAGACUGUGUGAUGUGGCAGUGCAGUAAGUCAUUCUGACAAUGGCUCUUUUGGGGGACCAAAAAUAUUGUGCAGUCAAACCAGAUUCAUAAACCAAAUUAUUUCUCGUCAAUAUCAUGAGAAGUUAAUUUUUUUUUUUUUAAGAUGAAAUACUGCAGCUAAUUAACGUCUUUGAAGCCUUGAGUCUUUGAAUUAUUGUAACUAUAAAGUGAACUGUUGUGAGGUCACACAGUAUUAAAAUGGUGUGAACAAGAAAAACAACAAAGUGCACACUUUGCAGCUUGCACAACUUGCUACUAUAUAUAGACCUGUUGUUCAUGCUCUUGUCCUUCCCUUCAUAGAAUUGGUACAUAUGCACUUAUUCCACGAAACCCAAAUUAACUCGCAAGAAUCAAAGACCUCUUUUCUGUGAGGUUGAGGUUAUACUCAACUAUAAGACCUCAUAACAUCCUGUUUUCAGGUUGAACUUGUUUGUUCAUCUGCAGAAUAAAAAUACAAAGACAAUUCUCUACCUCUUCAUUUCUCCUCUCACCCGGGGAACACACGAACAUUUCACCAACAAUCAAUGAUCAGUCCUGGGUAGAGAGCUCUAUCCAUCCAUGUUGCUGCAGUGGUUUUAUAACCUGUGCGAGAGCGGUGCUUCAUGCAAACACGGGCACCCAGGAGCCCGGACUUCUUGGCUCUGCUUGCAUCUCAAGCCUCUUGCGGGACAUCAGACCUCUCUCCCAGAGGGACAGAUAAGAUCUCCAUCACCGUUUCACCAUCUCCUCCUCUCAUCAUCAUCAACCCACACUCCUCACCCCCCCCCUCUCUCUUGCUCUCUGAGGUGUCUGGUGACUCUGGCCCCUGCUAUCUUGCCCCUCCCUUCAUCGUGGAGGAGAGAGGGAGAAUGAGAGAGGCAGCAGCCCACUACCACCAUGUCCCCAGAGGCCCCUUGCCUGCCUGCCCCUCCUGCUGCUCAGUACAGCUGUGCCUCAGUACCAGACCCUGACCAGCUGGGAUCUCAUCCCUGCCAGGGAGCCACGAGAAGAGUGUGUGAGAGCACCUCUCUACUCUCACUCUUCAUUAAGUGAACCACUCAGACACUUAACUCCAGCUACAGCUGUCAAACCUCUCCUGCUGCUGUUGAGAAGAACCUCUUUCGAGCAUGGCUGUGGCACCCCGGGCCCUGGCACUUCACCUGUCCCUGGUGCUCGCCCUGCUCAGCCUGGCCCCGCCGCCAACCUCGGGAGGAUGCCCAUCCACUUGUCGCUGCUCUUUUGCCAUGCUGCAGUGCCUGGAACCUGAUGGUAUCGCCAGCAUCCCGAUUCUGCCGGCACAAGAGAGCGAGAACGUGACGGAGAUUUACAUAGAAAACCAAGUUGGUCUGGAGAAUAUCACAGAGUUGGAUCUUGUUAACUACAGAGAGUUGAAGAACCUCACUGUCACAUCAUGUAAGCUGAGGCUCAUCUCUGCCAAUGCCUUCCAGUACAACCCCAAGCUCCAGUAUGUGAACCUGGCAUCAAACUCUCUGGAGCACAUUUCCUGGAGGGUGUUUCAUUAUCUACCUUUGCUCAACCUAGUAUUGAAGGACAACCCUCUCGCCUGCUCAUGUGACCUCUACUGGCUGAAGGAGUGGCAGCACAAUGACCGAGGUGACCUGGACAACCAAAUGCUCUCCUGUUUCUCUGACAACCAGGAAGUUCCCCUCAACUUGUUGGUGAUCGAUAAUUGCAGUUUGCCUGUGGUGGCCAUCAUCUCCUCCAAAGACAAGAUUCAAGAAGGAGGGAACCUGACGUUUGAGUGUCACGUGACCGGAAGUCCGACUCCCAACGUGAGAUGGCGAACAGAUGAUCUCUACUCCCAUUUUUACACUGAGAAGAGAAUCUGGGGCUCCACGUUGGAGCUGGUCCUUUAUCUCCGCAACGUUUCCUCCAAAGACAACCUGCGCAAUCUCACCUGUGAGGCCGAGAACCAAGCUGGGCCCAGGGAGGAGAUGGUGACACUGGACAUUGAGUUUCCCGUCAAAAUCCUCUUCCUGAGGGAUGCAGUCCAGCAGCAUUUCUGGUGUUUCCCCUUUGCUGUGGAUGGCAACCCUGAACCCAGCAUCUCCUGGCUGUACAACGGCAAACAACUGAUAGAGACGGCGUACGCGUACACCCAGAUCAUCACCGACUCAGCCGACGGGUCUGUCAAACACGGUUGUCUUUUCCUCAACAAGCCCACCCACAUCAACAAUGGCUACUACACUCUGGUGGUGCAGAAUAAACUGGGAAGGGACGAAGCCACCGCCAUCGGGAUGUUCAUGGACAAUCCCUUUGACCCUCUCGACCCUGAGGGGAUAAUUCCUGUCUUUGAUGUGGAUACAAUUCCCACAAGCAAAUCAGACAUGGACGUCACAGAGAACCCGGAGAGUCGAGUGUUUGUGGUGUCUGUGGCUGUGGGCCUCGCCGUGUUUGCCUGCACGUUUCUGCUAAUCAUGGUUCUGGUUAUUAACAAGUGUGGCCAGCAUUCCAAGUUUGGUAUUCACCGAUCAUCAGUUUUGGGUACAGAGGACGACCUGGCUGUGUCACUCCGUUUCAUGAACUUUGGAACCAGCCCACCUUCCUCAGAUGAAGACUCCGGUUUGUCCAGCUUUGUAGAGAACCCACAGUACUUCUGUGGCAUCAUCAAGGACAAAGACAUGUGUGUCCAGCACAUCAAACGACAGGACAUAGUGCUGAAGUGGGAGCUGGGUGAAGGAGCGUUUGGUAAAGUCUACCUGGCUGAGUGUGCCAACCUAAGCCCCGACAGUGACAAGAUGCUGGUCGCCAUCAAGACCCUGAAGGACGCUAACGAGUCGACCCGGCAGGACUUCCAGAGGGAGGCGGAGCUGCUGACGGUGCUCCAACACCAGCACAUUGUGCGAUUCUACGGCGUGUGCACGGAUGGCGAGCCGCUGGCCAUGGUGUUCGAGUACAUGAGGCACGGAGACCUCAACCGCUUCCUUCGAGCUCACGGCCCUGACGCUCGCAUCCUGGAGGAGACAAAGAUGCCUCCGCUGGGUCAGCUGACUCUGCCUCAGAUGCUGCACAUCGCCGCGCAGAUCGCCUCAGGAAUGGUUUACCUAGCGUCGCUGCACUUUGUCCACCGCGACCUGGCGACACGCAACUGUCUGGUGGGAGAAGGCCUGGUGGUCAAAAUCGGAGACUUUGGCAUGUCGAGAGACAUCUACAGCACCGACUACUAUCGGGUGGGCGGACGCACCAUGCUGCCGAUCCGCUGGAUGCCCCCGGAGAGCAUCAUGUACAGGAAGUUCACCACGGAGAGCGACAUCUGGAGCUUCGGCGUUGUCCUGUGGGAGAUCUUCACCUACGGCAAACAGCCGUGGUACCAGCUGUCCAACAGUGAAGCCAUUGAAUGCAUCACGCAGGGACGGGAGCUGGAGAGGCCUCGCACCUGCCCCAAGGAGGUGUAUCUGCUGAUGCAGGGCUGCUGGCAGAGGGAACCGCAGCAGAGGAUGGUCAUCAAGGACAUCCACAGCCGCCUGCUGGCCCUCGUUAAGAACCCGCCGGUUUAUCUGGACAUCCUGGGAUGAAAGGGGGUCAAGGAGGAAACCAUGGAGGCUUUAAAAGUCAGCUUUUUUUUUCUUUUUCUCCUUUUACCCAGUAAAAGGCCGGUAGGGUGUUGAAUCUCCCGUGCAGUUGCUGCUUUUUUCCCAGCUUGAUGGAUUGUACAAAGAGUUCCUUCAUUUUUUUCCCCCACUUCCCGGGUCAAGCCUGAUAUACUCCUCCCACGACGCCACGUGGUUCUCUUGAAACCUGUCAAAUGUUUACCAAAGUUGUUGUGAGGCUGGAGCCUGAUCUGAGGGGGACAUGCAUGUGAUUUCAGACGACGGCUCGUCAGAGGUUUGUGAGCCGAGCUUCGUGCGUGCGUGUUUUGUGCAACUCUGUCUGCCCGACAGUCGCUUCGAAAGGCAAAUUUAAAAGAUAAAUAAAUAAACAGAACAGGAGGACGUUUCGUCCCGAAAAGUCGAUUUACAGAUUUUGGGGGAUGGCAGACGGUUCCUUUGUACAGUACAGUCACAGACUUUUUGGAGUAAGUUUUUUAAUGAUAUGCGAGGUUAUUUAAAGGUUAUUUAAAGGGUUUCAGUAAAUGUAUAUAAAGGCUAAAGUUGAAACAAUGUAGUAAAUUUCCCUUGAGAGCUUGUUUGUUUUUCCAUCCAAUGUAUGAUAUAUGAGUAUUUUUCAAAAAAGAAAAAGCAAGAACAAAUUGUAUAUGAGUGGAAAGUGUUUCUUGGUAUAUUAUAAUAAUAAUAAUAAUAACAAUAAUAAUAGUAACAACAAUGUCUGUGUUUACAUUUACAUGCUGUGUCAAUUUUGCUGUUAAAUAUGAUACAUUAAAAAAAAACUUUGACUUAUGGCCUGAGAAUGUGACUCAGAAUUAGAGAUGAGAUGAUUAUGAAUUAUAUCACGUAUUGUGAUGAAUGCAUUUUUAAAAAGCGCUUAUAUUAAGAUGAUUGUGGCGAAAUUCCAUCGUCGUGAUAAACACGGAAACGUGGAAAAUUAUGGAAUUUCAUUUGUGUCAAUAUUUAUCUAAUGACACUUUUUAAGAAGCAAAAACAUA